CAAAUAUCAAUGGAUACACGCAGUCAGUCGUGGCUGUUCGGGAUAAGCGGUUCGUGUAUACGUGUGCCUCGUUGCUAUUUUCUCGUAUGACGAUAAGUUGCUGUGAAAAAAAUUACGUUAUCUCAGAUAGUCGAAUAGACAAAUAAUCUACAAUGGAGUGGUUUACCAUCAUCGUAUCGGUUCUCAUUGGAGCAAUCGGAAUACAAUUGUUGUUGUGGCGGAAGCCGAACAAGCUUAAAAAAAUGGGAGUUUUGCAUCCAACGGCUUGGCCAAUAAUCGGCAAUUCAGGAUCCGUCGUUUGUUUCCGGAGUCACUUCACCGACAUGAUUGAAAGCAUAUACAGAUUCAACGAGGAAGCCGAUUACGUCGGAUUCUACGACCUCCGCGAUCCCAUGAUUCUGAUCAGGUCGCCGGAGCUACUGAAAAACAUAGCCGUCAAACAUUUCGAUCACUUUACCGACCACCGGAAUUUCUUUGACCUCGAUUCGGAGUCGCUCUUUAGCAAAAACCUCUUUGCUCUGCGUGGCGAAAAAUGGAAGGAAGUACGAACUCUUUUGAGUCCGGCUUUCACAGGGAGCAAAAUGAAAAACAUGUUCGAGCUCAUGUCGACCUGCGGGAAUAAUUUCGUCGAGCACCUCGUCAACGUUUCCUUGGAUAAGUCGAACAUCGUCAACUCCAAAGACAUAUUUACGAGGUUUUCAAACGACGUUAUAGCCACUUGCGCAUUCGGGAUAAACAUAGACUCGAUGAAAUAUCCGAGCAACGAGUUCUACAUGUUGGGAAAGGACGCGACGAAUUUCAGCGCUCUUCGCGGCUUAAAACUAGUCUUGGUUCGAAUGUUUCCACUCUUGAAAAAACUCCUCGGUGGAACAUUCGUUUCCCCGAAGGUAGAAUCGUUUUUUGAGAAUAUUAUACGCGAAACGAUCGAGACGAGAGAAAAGCAAGGAAUAACGAGACCCGACAUGCUCCAGCUCAUGAUGGAAUCGCAUGAAAAAAAACCAGACAAAAGCAGGGAUUUCACGAUUCGCGACAUGACCGCACAAGCAUUCGUAUUUUUCUUCGGUGGCUUCGAAUCUGUCGCCACAGUGAUGUGCUUGGUCGCUCAUGAAAUAGCCCUCGCUUCGGAAGUUCAAAACAAACUCCAACGAGAGAUCGACGAGGUUCUGGCGGAGCGGACGAGCCAAAAAUGCGCGACUUACGAGGUGAUCAACGGGAUGCAGUAUCUCGACGCUGUCGUCAACGAGACACUCAGACUCUACCCGAUCAAUCUAUUUCUCGAAAGAGUCUGCACCAAAAGCUUCGAACUUCCUCCGGCCCUUCCUGGAAGCAAGCCGGUCACGAUCGAACCUGGUCAGAGCGUCUGGUAUCCAACUUUUUCGGUGCAACGAGACCCCAAGUAUUAUCCGAACCCAAAGAUAUUCGAUCCGGAAAGAUUCAUGGGCGAUGCCAAGUCGAAAAUCGACCCGCUGACGUACCUUCCCUUUGGAAUGGGACCGAGAAUGUGCAUCGCCAAUCGAUUCGCGCUCCUCGAAGUUAAAGUAUUAAUCUUCAAUCUUCUGGCCAAAUGCUCCUUGAAAUCACGUCCGGGAGCCCGCUCGCCGAUAGAGCUCAAAAAGACGGGCUUCAACUUCGUCCCGAGGGAAGGAUUUUGGCUCGAAAUAGAGCCGAGGAAAGCUCCAGUUCGUUAACGAACUCAAGAGAGGAGAAAUCCAAAUAAACUGCUGUAACUCAACUCAAACAUCAAAUAAAAUUUGUACUAACAGA